AAUAAAAAGUAUAUUUUACAAAUGAUUGAAUACAGAUGAUUAAGAUUGAAUCGCAGUAUUAUUCGAAUUCGAUCUCAAAUAAUUCUUGACAUUGCAUAAUAGUUAAACUCAUCUCUCGUACCUAAAAACGCAAAAUUAAUUGCUUUGAGGAACCCAAACCAGUCGGAAGAAAUGUUGCUUAUCCGAGCACUUGCAUGUUAACUUCUUCAAAUCUCUCUCUUCACCUUUUGAAUUGUAACAUUGAACACAAUAAAUUUCGUUUCUCAUUGUCUUUCAGUCCCUCAACGAAAACCCAACUUUGCUUCCACCCACUACUAAGCACUCUCCAACACAAUCUUGCUUGCUUUUCUCUUUUUCACUUUCAUUCAUCUUCAACAACAUCUACUUCCUUUCCUUUCCAAGAUCCCGGUUUGUCCUUUUUCCUUUUCCAUUUUUUUAAUUUUCAAAUCGUUAAUUUCCCCUCUCAAUAAUUUGUCUCCGGCAUGCUCAUGUCGAUUUCACUCGGGCACUCUUCUUUGCGCUACUCUAAUCAGGCAUUCAUCUCCAUUUGUGAUGAUUUCAUAGAGAUCAAACUGUAUCGUUCAUGCACAUAAAAGAUGAUGAAGGAUUGUAUUUUUUUUUUUGUUUAUCGUUUCAGUUGUGUUUAAUCAUGAGUCCUUUGACCCCUUUUGUAUUAUGCACCUUUACUCUCUAUUUCUUCAACAAAGAUAGUGGCUUGAUGCUAUUUUGAUUAUUGGGUUUUCUGGAAAAUGGAGUUUGAGCCUUUGAGUCUAAGCGACGAGGUUAUUGAAUUUGAUAUGAUUGGUUUGGGGGAUGAUGCUGCCAUUGACACGGAGCACCCUGUCGAGGAUGAUGAGGACCUUGUUAAUAUUGAUAAUAGUCCUGCUACUGCUUUUACUGUUCUAGCUGCUGGUUUGGGACCUCACAUUGCUGGAGGGGACACUAAUCUUGAACCUUGUCAAGGUAUGGAAUUUGAAUCCGAAGAGGCUGCAAAGGCCUUUUAUAACUCCUAUGCUCGCCGUGUUGGCUUUAGUACGCGGGUGAGCAUGUCACGACGCUCCAGGCGUGAUGGUUCUAUAAUUCAGAGGUCUUUUGUGUGUGCCAAGGAAGGUUUUCGUGUGGAGAGGGAGAAGCAUUUGGUUGAUGGCAGAGUCAAGCGACCUCGUGCUGAAACCCGUGUUGGUUGCAAGGCCAUGUUGGUUGUGAAAAUCCAAGAUUCUGGUAGAUGGGUUGUUUCUUCUUUUCUCAAGGAACAUAACCAUGAAUUGGUUCCGCCUGACAAGGUGCAUUGCCUUCGUUCGCACCGCCAUGUUUCAGGUCCAGCUAAGUCGUUGAUUGAUACUUUACAGGGUGCCGGAAUAGGCCCUAGUGGAAUAAUGUCUGCACUAAUAAAAGAAUAUGGAGCUAUUAGCAAUAUCGGUUUCACUGAGCGUGACUGUAGGAAUUAUAUGAGAAGCAGUAGGCAAAGGACCCUUGGAGGUGACACUCAAAUCCUUUUGGAUUACUUGAAGAGCAAACAAGCAGAGAAUCCUUCAUUUUUCUAUGCUGUACAACUACAAGGUGAUGAAGAUCAUUGCAUGAGUAAUAUCUUCUGGGUUGAUUCCAAGGCCAGGACUAACUACACUUACUUUGGUGACACUGUCACCUUUGACACAGCAUAUAGGUCAAACCGCUAUAGAUUGCCUUUCGCACCUUUCACUGGUGUAAAUCAUCAUGGACAGCCUGUACUAUUUGGUUGUGCUCUCCUGAUAAAUGAAUCUGAGGCCUCUUUUGUUUGGUUGUUCAAAACCUGGCUUGAAGCAAUGACAGGCCAACCUCCAGUUUCAAUUACUACUGAUCAUGAUAGGGUGAUUCGUGCAGCCAUCAACAAUGUCUUUCCUGGUACCCGUCACCGAUUUUGUAAGUGGCACGUUUUUAAAGAGUGCCAAGAGAUGUUAUCACAUGUGCUUUCUGAACAUCUUAAUUUUGAAGCUGACCUCCACAAAUGUGUUAAUCUGACGGAGUCCAUUGAGGAGUUUGAGUCUUGUUGGUCCUCCCUAAUUGAUAGGUAUGAUCUCAAAGAACACGAAUGGCUAAAAGCAAUUUAUGGUGAUAGGCGGCAGUGGGUACCAGUGUACUUGAGGGACACAUUUUUUGCUGAAAUGUCAAUAACACAGCGAAGUGAUAGCAUAAACUCUUAUUUCGAUGGAUAUAUCAAUGCAUCAACAACACUUCAGCUUUUUGUCAAGCAGUAUGAGAAAGCUCUGGAGAGCCGUUAUGAAAAAGAAGUCAAAGCUGAUUAUGACACAAUUAACACUACUCCAGUUCUGAAGACUCCAUCACCUCUAGAGAAACAGGCAGCUGAAGUUUACACAAGAAGAUUGUUUAUCAAAUUUCAAGAAGAGUUGGUUGAGACAUUAACAUUCUUGGCAAACAAAGUAGAUGAGAAAGAAAUAAUUACUGUGUAUAGAGUAGCCAAAUAUGGGGAAAUGCACAGGGCCUACUUUGUCAGAUUUAACUCUUUUGAGAUGAAAGCUACUUGUACCUGCCAGAUGUUUGAGUUUUCUGGUCUAGUUUGUAGACAUAUAUUGACUGUCUUUAGGGUUAUAAAUCUUCUUACUUUACCAUCUCAUUAUAUUUUAAAAAGAUGGAGCAGGAUAGCUAAAAGUGGGGCCAUAUUGGAUGAACGUACUACUAAUUUGUCAACUCGUGCCCAAGAAUCCCUAACUAUCCGAUACAAUAACCUUCGUCACAAGGCCCUUAAGUAUGCUGAUGAGGGAAUAAACUCUCCAAAAGUUUAUGAUGUGGCAUUGAGUGCACUUCUGGAAGCUGCGAGUAAAGUGGCACUUGCAACAAAAAAUGGUGGAAGGCAGACUAUUUUAAAUGGAACAUGUGAAGAAGACCUUCAUCAGAGCAAUGAAGUAACUACAAGUUGCAGCGAUUCUCCUAUUGGUUCACAACAAUCUUCAUACAAGGAUGACCAAGAUAGAACAAUUGAGAAGUUGACACGGCAACUUGACCGAGCUCGAAGGAAGUGUGAAGUCUAUAGGUCCAACUUGCUGUCGGUUUUAAAAGAUAUUGAAGAGCAGAAGCUACAAUUAUCAGUUAAAGUCCAAAAUAUUAAGUUAGAAAUGAAAGAUUGAAUUGUGAUUGCCAUUAAUGGAGUUGAUGCAUGUAUUUCUUUCAUGUAGGUUGAACCUCUUGCGAAGCAUUUUAGUAGGGUGCCUGUGUAGUGAAGUUAAGAAGCUGCUAAGAGGGAAUUUCUAACCAGUUUUUUUUCUCUCAUUUUUUUGGAUAGCAAUGUCUAACCAGUUUUAGUGAGGGAUGGGUUCACUGGUUUUCAAA